AUGCAAGCGCUCCGAGGCGCGACAACCACCUCGGCGCUGGUGGGCGUGCGCCCGCGGCCCGGGCUCGCCGCGCGGACCCCGGCGAGUCGCUCGCACCGCGCGCGAAGCGCCGUCACGCGGGGCCUCGGGAAGGACGCGGCGGGCGCCUGGCUGGACAUCACGAAGCUGGUGACGUCCGGGGGCGGGAGCGGGAAGGGCGCGUACCAGUUGCUCGAGGACAAGAUUGGGAGGGAGGUGUAUUGCGACUUCAACGGGUGGCACUUGUACCUGCGGGACCUCAAGGCCGGGGGCGGGACGAUGGCGCAGGCGCUCGCGAACGAGCUCGGGCAGCGCGUGGACCGCGACGGCGUCGACGAGCGCGAUGUGGAGGCGGUGCUGGCCAAGGUGCCGCUGUCGCUGGGGGGGGGGAGGAAGCAGGUGUCGCUGCUGGACACCAUGAGCGGGUACUGCGUGCAGGACCUCGUGCGCGUGCUGCAGGACUGGGAGAGGGAGAAGUGA